GACGUGGAUAAGUUCCCAUACAAACCGUCCAUUUCAUUGCAAGUGCGUCCUAUGUUUUUAGUUAUACUGGAAAAAAUAACUCACAUAAACCAGUAUAGAUACAACUUAAUGACAUGUCCGUCGUGAGUUCAAACCUCAUAUGGACUGUCUCCCCAUAACAAGGACUGACUAUCCGGCUGUCUGGAAUUGAAUAAUUCUCGAACGCCUGUAUAGACCGGCAUGAUCGCGUAGAUCGCUACGCCAAUAAGAAAAAAAGUAGAAGAAGAAGUCCGGUAUAAUUCAAAACACACAGAAGAAGAUGUGUUCUGAUUUAUAAAUUAUAGCAGUUUUGAAUUUUGAGAAACAGACUAUAAUAAAAAAUAGGAAACCAGCAUAGCUAAUUGUAUUGGUUAAAGAUACUGUUCACAAAGAUCUCUGGUAGGAAACUUUGAACGCUAGUUAGUCCUGGCGCUUUUGAAUCCUAUCACCAGAACCGUUUCAUUUCUUAGUUGGUGCAACUAAUUUGGUGUUAAAAUGUAGACUAGCAAUCGAACCACUUCUGUCCUUUGAUCUAGCAGGUAUUUCACAAACGCAAACGUCGCAACGAUCCCAAACUUUAAAAUUGCUAAUGAAAGAUGCUGGCACUACUGGCAAUAAAGAAGGAAGCUUUUGAGAGUUUAAGGUUCAGUUUCUGAUAGUCCGUAGAACAACGAGUUGCCUAAAGAGGAUAGGACAUAGCUAGCUGCUAAUUAUUUCAAAAUUUCAGACAUGAUCUGUCACAUUCACACACAAGUGAACCAUAGUAUCAUUUCACGGUCAUACUCGUUGCAGCCACACAAACCUCAAGGCAUAGAGCAAUGGCGUAUGAAAUAAUCUGUAUUCACUGUACUCAAGAUUGCCCUGCGCGGAAACGGAACCCCGAUUCGCUGCCGGUCGAUAUCAAUAAAACAAACAAAAAAUCGAUCGACUACAGCGCACACUUUUGCAAGAUUUUGAUAACCUACUCCGGAGAGUCCCUUGGCCAGACCAAAUAAUGAUGCAGCAGAACAGACCAGAGCAGAAAAGAACGCAGGGCAGAAUUCAGUGGUACCGCGAUCACCAUGGAAGAAGGACGCUCGGACAGUGUGUACUCCAGUGGCGAAGAGGACCUGUUCGCCAAGCAGAGCCUGAUGAGGUUGCGCAAUGCGGCCCGUUGGCGCGAGCAGGCUCAGUACAUUAGCUUCGAACCUGCCCUGCUGGUUUUUUGCUUUGCCAUGAGCAUCUCAGAGGUCGUCCUGGCGAAUCAUAUCAUCCUGCAGACGUGCCUCGUGGAAGGGUUCGAUCGUGGCGAUUGUCAACUGCUCAACACGGACUCAAACUCCUCCCGGCGGGCGAUGAUCGAAACGCAGGUCCAACCGCUGGCGGCCAAUGUGACGAUGGUGAUAGUGAUUAUAAAGUCGGUGGUUCCGGUCCUGAGUGCCCUGCUGCUCGGUGCGUGGUCUGAUCGUUACGGUCGAAAGCCUGCCAUGCUGAUCGCGAGUGCCGGCGUGCUGUGUUCGUUCGUGCUGCUGACGCUGCUAGCGUUCCUAUCGAUGCAGGUCACUCUGACCCCGUGGUAUUACACUGCCGCUUAUCUUCCGUUCUCGGUGCUGGGCGGCAUGACCGUGAUUACAGCGGCCGCCUUCAGCUACCUUUCCGACGUUACAAACGAGCAGACGCGCACCAUGCGCAUGGGCUUCAUGGAGGCCUCCAUGAUGGCCGGCGCACUGUUGGGAUUUCUGGCGAGCAGCUACAUUGUGGAAUGGUUAAACGUUGCUGCCACCUUCCUGAUUGCCAGCGUGCUGAUCCUGCUGGCGAUCGUGUACAUCGCCCGCUUCACCGAGGAUAGUAUCAUUCUGAGCAACAGCAACAGUGCGGUGGAAAAGUUGCGCGAUCUGCUGUCCUGCGAACGGUUGCGCGAGCUUUCGGGGACAUUUUUCAUGCGCCGGUCCGGGUACGUGAGAGAGAUACUGUGGUCGAUCGUGCUGCUGAUCGGACUAACGGAGCUGGCCGGUGGCAGUGGCGGAGUGUUUUACAUGUUUACGAGACGAAAAUUCGGCUGGGAUUUGAAGCAAUUCAGCUACUUUCAGUUCACCGAUGUGCUGAUCAUCAUUUUCGGCAAUGUAAUUGGAAUACCGAUCCUGAAGCAGAUACUCCACUGUUCGGACACUACCGUAGCGAUCGUAUCGAUCGCCAGCUACAUCGUAGACUCGCUGAUCAUGGGCUUCGCAAGCAGCGGGUGGAUGCUGUAUCUGGCUAUUUCGGUUACCGUUCUCAAGGGAACGGACGGUGCGGCACUAAUGACGAUCUGUUCGACGAUACUGCCCGCCGGUGAUAUGGCCAAGUUCUUUACCAUGGCGCUAUCGCUGACUGCCGUCGUGCCGCUAGUGUCUGCCCCAUUGUUUACGUUCGUGUACAAUGCCACGAUAGAGUCGUUACCGGAAGUGUUCAACUUUGUGGCUGCCAGUGUGUAUGGUGCAGCACUGUUGUUGAUGUUCAUCAUAACGCAUCUCAUUAGACGGUUUUAUCAGCCAGAAUUGUUAUUAUAGAUGCAAACAAAAAGAGUUUUUGGGGCCAAUUAUAUUGAAAAAUCGUUUAAUUCUAUUUUUUAUAUUUUUCAAAUGAAAAAUUCAUACAAUCAAAUAAAAAUUAAAUAAUUAUUAUUUUUUA